GUGUGUGCAUUCCAUUGCGGACAUUGUAAAUUAAUGUUAUACGCGUGUGCACCAUAUCUGAUCAGUGUCAGAAUGGUAAGACCAGCAGAUACAGUGGUAAAGUCCAUGAGUUCACAUUGUUUGCUUAGGUUGCCUAAUCUUUAAUCUGCUAUCUACUGCAAACUUUGCAAUGUUUGAGGUCAAAGUUCGUGAUUCGUGUGCGGAGAUUUGACUAAGCAGAGGAUUUGGUCGGCUUCUAGGAAAGAUGGCCCGUUUUGUCACUAUUCUCGUGUCUCUGUCUAUCUUAGGUUUAGUGGCUUCUGAAGAUGGUUCACCCACUGUAUCCACGGCCAGCGGCAAGGUGCGAGGAACGGUGCAGUACACAAACGACCUACCGGACAAACCUGUCUACACCUUCAAGGGCAUCCCGUACGCAGCGCCCCCUGUCGGAGACCUGCGGUUCCGCGCCCCAGAACCUGUCAUCCCGUGGGAGGGGGUGAUGGACGCCACCAAGUCGGGGCCUUUCUGCCCACAGCCCGUGGAUCUGCAACACACGAUGCCCUUCCGGCUGUCCCAGACUACGACGAGCGAAGACUGCCUUACACUGAAUAUCGAAACGCCAACAACAAAUGCCGAUGACGGUUUGCCAGUACUAGUAUGGAUCCACGGCGGGAGUCUGGAGAGGGGAGGGGGUUACCUGUUGCCCUUCGCGCCUCUUGCUGCCCAUCAAGACGUUGUUGUGGUGACCUUCAACUACCGCCUCGGACUGUUGGGUUUCCUCAGUACCGGGGACGAGAACGCACCUGGGAACUUCGGCUUCCUGGAUCAGGUCCUAGCUAUGAGGUGGGUAAAGGAAAACAUCCGGAACUUCGGAGGUGAUCCGGACCUAAUCACCAUAUUUGGAGAGUCUGCCGGUGGCUACAGUGUCUCCUACCACGUGGUUUCUCCACUGAGCAGAGGGCUGUUCAGGAGAGCCAUUUCACAGAGCGGUGUCUUCGGUACAAACCCAGUCCAGCUUAACCCGCUCCGGAUAGCGAGGAUACAAGCGGAAGAGCUUGGGUGUGACGGAGAUGACACAGCCGCUCUUGUGGACUGUCUGAGGGAGAAACCAACGGAACAGCUACUAGCCGGUUACGACUUACUCCAACUCAGGCUGGUAGGCUCUAAUCUAAAACCAUUCAGGCCCGUGGUUGAUGGGUAUUUCUUGACUUCUACGCCCGAAUACCUGAUCCGGAAGCGCCAGGUCAGCCUUGUGGAUUAUCUGAUGGGAGUAAACGAUCAUGAGUACGGGUUCAUGAUGCCGAGAGCAUCUCACCUGCCGAACUUCGGCAAGGGGAUGACACACGAACUCUGCGCCGCUCUGCUGAGGAUGGGGCUGCAGGAUUACGUUGACUACAAGGGUUCGGGACAAGCCAUUUUGACGGCGAUUUUAGAGAGGUACCUUGACCAUGCUGACCCUGACGACAUCAUGGCCAUACAGUACCGGUACACCCAGCUGAUGGGAGACCUGAUGUUUGUGGCGCCCACACUACGCGCUGCAGAUGGACACACAGGUGCCGGUGGAAGAGUUCAUCUUUACGAGAACCACUACGUCCCGAGCUUCCUGCGCGCUGCUCGGCCGGGCUGGGUGGGGUGUGACCAUACGGACGACUGGUGGAUGGUGGUGGGAGCGCCCUUCACGGACAUCCAACUCACCAGCGACGGCAACAUAUCAUUUACUGCUGCCGACAGACAGAUGAGCCUGAAGAUGAUGGAACUGUUGGCGAACUUUGCCAGAACUGGGAACCCUGCCGAAGAGUGGCCUGUCUACAGCACUGAUCACCCAGUCUACAUGAACCUGAACCUGACGUCUUCUGUUGACGUUGGCCUGAAGUCUGACAGAGUGACGUUUUGGAACAAAGUUGUACCCAAGCUGACCAGGCUUGCUGAACGAGAUGAACUGUGAUACGUUUAAUUGCCUACGCCAGAAGGCAAUGUGUCUGUCUCGUUAUGUAUGUCGUAAUAUUGGAACAAUGAUUCCUAGUUCUAUAGAUCUACUAUCCAUUGUCUUCUUUCAUCAGCACACUAGUCGAUAGCGUAGUUCAUUUCAUGCACAAUU